AUGUUCCCGUCUGCUUUACCUUUACCCUUCUCGCCCAAGCGCAAACGAGAACCCUCCGAAUCGGAUUUCUAUAGCCCCUCCGCAUCACCCACCUCCACAAUCUCUAUAGCCAGCUACCAGGAAGCAUUCCGGGACGACGAACUCGGAAGUUACAGUCCCCGCGCUACCGUUGCCGGGAGAUUCGGCGAGUUAGCCAUCCGUGGCGACCUUUCGGACCAAAGUGCCCGGACUGGCGACUCACGGCGGAGCUCGCUGGCUCCCCUAGCAUCCGAACCAUGCGCAUCUGACCAGUACAAUCUCACGACCAUGCCCGAAGCUGUACCGGCUACCAGCAGCAAUCCAGCCGACUGCCAAGCCUUGACGGUUGACCCGCCCGCGCAGGAGGAACCGUCCCCGACUAAGUCGCCGAGAAAGAAGUCCGCAACUGUGCCUCGCAAACAACUGAACCCUUCGUCGCCCUCGAAACGCAAACAACGACUCUCCCCACCACCCACAGAGAAACCAUCAGAAGAAGACUCGCUUGUAUGGCGUGACUCGGAGAUAACAGGCCACAAUCCAUCUGAUCCAACGGAUGAUGGCUAUGGUAUAAACGGUAUAGGGUUUAAGCCCACUGCAUCGAUCGCCUGGGAAAGGUCCCAGAGGCGGCAAAAACAGGUUACGGAAUGGAAGAACCGCGAGGCUCGGGAAGCCCGCGAGAGAAGACGAGAGAGACGGAGAGAUGGUCUCGAGUUCGACAAGUUACACGGGAUACACGAAGGCGCAGUACAGAAACGAGUCAAGUUCAAUGUCUAG